CCGAGAUUUGUAAAAUUGGAAGUGACCACUGGCUAAGACUCACUUGCAAGACGAGUAGCAUUCACUUCGCUCGUCUAGUCUUCCAUUGUGCGAAGCUGCCACAUACUUGCCCCACUACAAUGUUCUUAUCAGUGCAAGGAGCGCCUCUAGCGCCUCGCCUCCCUGUUCGCCCAGUUACGAGAUUGCCUCUGCGACUGCGAUCAAAUUUUUUAGACCACAGAGCCAGACUCUACGUGUGGUUCGCUAAAGUAGAAGAGGAGAGAUGCCUUCAAAUAGUAUUCCUCGAACUCCGCUGCAUGCGAAAAAAAUAAAAUCGGUUGCUUGAUCCUUUGUACAAUUGGAACUAGAAUUGAUCUUGAUCGGUCUUCAAACAUGCAAAUGAGUAUAAAAAUCGUUUGCGCCUGAGCUCCUAAAGUGUGUCAGUAAAGAAGUAGACACAACAAGAUCAACAUCAUAGCAAGUCUCGGUUAGACAAGAAGAAAAGGAAGAUGAUGUCAAUCCUGCUCGGACUCGGUGCUGUUCAAAAAAUAUGUAUGAAGCAAGUGCUGUGAGUUUUAUGCAGCUCUGGAAGCAUUGCUAUUGGUAUAUCUUCGCCCAGUUGAUCUCUUGUUGAUGGAGUACGAAAAGGAAAAACUCGCCCUCCUCUCUUCCCUCCCAUCGACGUUGCAUUGCAACAGAGAGUAUCAACUGCAAAUAUGUCUGGGUCUGGAAGAAUGCAAGCUUGUCUUCACGCACCUUUUGCAUGAGCCAUGAUGUCUUCGAUGUCUGUCCUAGCAUCACAGAUUUUUUGAGGGCGCCUUUAUGGCUAUCCCGCAUCACAAAUACCCUGUCCGCGUAGCAAAAAUUGAACUUCUUUUGCUGCUUGUGCAAUACAGAUUUGCUCGAAAUCCAAAAGCAGCAUCACAAAUUCCUUCCUCGUCCAGACCCAGACAUAUUCGCAGUUCAUAGGGAGCCCGUCGCGACCGCCACCCUCACCUCACUAUCUCCGAUCAUCCCGGUUACCAACCGGGUCAUCGAGAAUCGGCUGAAAAUCCUUUUGAAGCAAAAAUCUGGCGCUUCCACCCUGUGCAAGGAGUACGCGGAACGGCUAGACAAAUUUCUGCACGGUCUUGCUUUCAAACACCCGAAGGAAAAGAUUGCACAGCUUGCGUUUCCAGGACUAUCAAAAGAGGACCUUGAUGUUUUCGGGGCUAAAGUGGGGCGGGAACAGUUUUUGCUGAAGCACUCGGGGCGGAACGUGGUGGUGGUAAAGAACAACGAGCAAAAUCAAAAAGAGCUACAACUACGUGAAAUACAGCCGGUGGCAACUGGUGCUGCAUCUGCCUCUUCCUCAUCUGCAGCAGCUCCUGUGAGAAAUACUAUUUACAAGAACGCAGCCACCACCAGCUCAUCAGACAUCUACUUUUUUGGUCCGGCUUCUUCGGCUCCGAACGGCGCCGGGAAGGAAGUAGAAGACGAAAAGAUGGAUCUGUGUGCGAACGACUUGAAGGUGAAGCACAUCGACAAGCUAAGCACCAUAAUUCUCGGCGCCGCCAGUCCGGCGAAACGUCAGCAGCCGAUGGACGUAGAUGAGGAAAGUAAAGAUGUCAACUCUGAGAUGGCGGUGGAGGCGCCUCCGCUGGAUGUUGAACAGCAUCACAACAACAAUGAUCCCGCCAACGAAGAACUUCGCUCUGGCGCAACCGAUGAUGGAAUUUGCUUGGAUUUUUUUGCUAUUUUUCACGAAAAAAACUGUUGAAAGAUGAAAUGUCCGGUGGAGGGGCGUCGCCGGUGGGAUCACUUGGCGACUAGUGCAAGACCUCUCAAUGGGUCCGGGUCAUCUUCAGGAUAUUGGAGUAGAUCAACCGACCUAAUACGGGGCCCCAUAUAGAAAAAACGCCGACUAGCGCCUCUCUGUGCGCAAAAGCGACGCCAUAAACACAGGUGGGAAAAUAGU